UUUAUGCAAAUGUAACCCAGGGCAUGGCAGGGGUUGUUAUUUACAAAUGUGCAAAGCUAUAUAUAGCGCGCAGUACACCAAAGACACACACAACCCGAAAGUAUGCCUCCCAAGUCACCUGCAAAGAGUGCCAAGGGGAAGAAGGGCAAGUUAAGCAAAGCAGAGAAGGAACGACUCAAGAAAGAAGAGUUGGAGCUUAAAGCUAAAGAAGAAGAGGAUGCUCGCCUUAAAGCUGAACAAGAAGAGAAGGAACGUUUGGAGAGGGAAAAACUUGAGAGAGAAGAACGUCUACGAAUAGAAGCUGCUGAGAGCCAGCGUCAUGCAACUGAAGUCAGUGAGUUGUUCUCCAUCUUGGAAGGCAAUGAGAUUGCGCUUGCAAACAUUCAUGAUGAAAGACGAGCUAAAGCUAAGUGGGAGCGUUACAUGCUGUGUGAUGGCACACCAGACCCCACUAUUGCUGCUGAAGUGAAUACAUACAUCAAUUUAUCCUAUGAAGCUACUGACACCAAUGCCAUUGAGUCAGUGAUAGCUGACAGUAAGCAGACAUUGGCUUUGACAAGUGAGUUGGAGUUUCUACUGGAUGACACUCCUGAGAAGGAACUGAGUGAGUCUCAAGCUGCCAGAUAUAGGGAGACUAUCAAUGAGCUGCAGAAUCUACUGAGCAGCAAGAUAGAUGCGGCUACUGUGCUGCUUCUCAAGGCUGCAUCUAGUUUGGCUGAUACUGAGUCAGGAAACCUUCAAUUGGUGAAGGGCAGUCCUGACUUCACGGUCAUGCUAUGGGGAAAUCUCACCAAGAAUCCACGCUUUAAAUCUUUUGAGUUUGAAGAAGAAAAGUUCAUCUUUGAGUUGCCCAAGCAGUUAGCUCUGUCAGACAUUGCUAUCCGUGUCGUCCGCACACAAUAUGACCACUACUCACAUCUGUGUAGAACCUUCCAUGCAAAGAAAAAGAAGAAACCAGUCACUGUCAUGGAGACAGUUGCCCAGGAGAUGGAAGACAAAGAAGACAAACCAGAAGAAGCUGACAAGACUGAGGAGGAACAAGGGCAGAUAAACUCGGAAGAAAAACAGGAAGGAGAUGUUGAGAAGGCAGAGGAUGAAGAUGGAGGCAAUGUUGAAACAGAUGAACAGAAACCACCAACACCAUCCAAGACACCACAACAAACACAACCUGUACAAGCAGAUGCUGAGGAGGUGGAGGACGAAGAUGAGGUAGAGGAAGAGUAUGAUCAAGAAGAUGAGGAUACCGUGGAUCUACGAGCGUAUCAAGUCCUAGGAGGAGUCAUUCAUCUAGAUCUCUUGUCUUUGCCUCCACAACCCAAGCAAGUCAAGUCAUGGGUUAUGACUCAAGUAUCUGGUAAUGAGCUGAAGAGAGUAGCCUACCCAGCAGGAGAUAACCGUCUGGGUCAGACUCUAUCAGGUACCAUGACUAUGGGACAGACGUUGGAUCCUAAGGCAUUAGCUAGUGCUGCGGCAGCUACGGAAGCAUUAGGUGCUCCACCUGUAGGCAUCAGCUUCAGGUUACGUGAUGAUGUAUUGUACAGUGAGGAGCCUCAGAUGGCCUACUGGUGCCCUGACAGGAAGCAGUGGCGAUUAGAUGGAUUCAUUGAUAUCAAGUUCAAUGAGGAAACACGGAUUCUGUCCUUCAAGACCAUCAACUUUGGGCCUCUAGCCUGUCUGCAGGAUAAGCACAUCAAUAUGCCAUUCCAAUCCUGGGAGCUACGUCCUGUAGCUGAGAACCAUGCUAGAUUUACUGUCAUGGCAGCUAUUAUUGAAGCAGAGAUUGAGAUCAAGGGAUCGCUGUGUUGCUUCCGACAGACACCUGACAGUGAGACCAAGCCAGAACUCAGUGACCUGAAGGAGAAAUGGAUGACACCGAAACAACUCAUCCAGGCCAUGAAGACUGCUGGUGUGAAUCUGUUUCCUGAGAACGAUUCUAAGAAGUAUGUCAGCAUUGUUGAGAAGAAUACAGUGAUUGAAGACGCUAUCUACCAGCAGAUGGCACUAGCUGCUUCUCAUUUUGCAUUUGCUUGGAGUAAGUGGAAUUCAGAUGCUGGAGCAGAGAAAGUCAUCCUUCAAGGAACUCAGAAAUUGCUGGAUGAGGCUCCUCAUGAUAACGUUGAGGAUGAAGAAAAGAAAAAGGAUGAAUGGUCUUUACUGAUGGUUAGUAAACAACGAACCAUGAAGCUACGAAUCACUGAAUAUGAUGAGGAGUUCUCCGAGGACUAUGCAGAUGGAGCACAGUUCCAUGCGGAUCUGUAUCACAUGGUGUGUGAGUUAUCUACAGAGGAGGGAAUGGAGCGAAUGCGCAGUACUGACUUCCGCUUUGUGGAUGCUGUACAUCAGUUACUCUCAGCUACCAGAUUGUUAACUUACUCUUAAUUUCUAUUCAUCAUACCGACCUGACAAGAUGUUAAAAAAGAACAAGAAAAAUGACAGUUGGUGUUCUGAAUCUGUGCAUUUCUAAGUGAAUUGACUUGAAUUGCUUGGAUAUGUUACGUAGAACAGAAGGUUAACAGGAACAUCUUUGUGUCAUUUGCAAGUGAUUCAGUUGUCUUUGACAGUUGAUGAUUACUGGGAGGCAGUUGUAGAGGUGAUGGCAACAUGUAACAGAUCACUCAGUAUUUUGUCCUCAAGCCAUUUAACACUGUAUUCAUGACAUUAAAUGAGUGGUGCAUAUCCCUGGAUGAUUCAACAGGAUGUUAGUCUCACCAAAAACAAGUUUUCCGAAAUGUACUACUAGAAUAUAGUCUAGCAUAUGGAACAACUUGUUAGACAUCUUAAAAAAAGCUAGACUGGCAAUUUAUAUAUACUUCUACGUUGUGUGAUCCUGUUGCAAGAUACUGCAUCUGUGUCUUGUAAAUAUCGCAUGUUCGGCGUGCGACCAUCUCCUUACAAUUUCAUGUCUUUGAUGAGUGUUCACAUAAAAUGGCGGUUACAAGACACAGUAUUUUGCUAACAGAAAUUCCAGGCAAAAUGCAUGUCUAGGUUUUUUUUGUAAAAGAUAUCUGUGGUAUUAUUAUAACAUGCCGUUGGGCAUACCCAUUGUGUAUGUUGUCAGUAUAUACAGUCCAAACAGAUUUGGAUGUAUAUUUUGAUAUUCUUGAAGCAGGCAUAAUGCUUGACUAGCUAUACUUAACACUGGUUGAUCUUUUGUACCUUUUUUUGUUUGUUUUAACCAUUUAAUAAGAGUAAUAUACUAAGAGUAGUAUCUUAUUCGGUUGGAUAACGUGGAUGUGUUUGGAGUGACUUAAGUACAAACAUUGGUUUGGGAAAUGAGCAGCUUUGCAGUGUCACAAAAGUUGCACACUUUAAUCGUCAAAAAAAUCAGAUUAACACUUGAAAUUAGUUGAAACGAGUCGUCAAAGUGUGGAAUAAAUCUUUUUGCAAGAAAAAAAAGUAAAGAGAAGAGGUGGAACCAAGACUACCCUAGGUUGUUUUUCAAUGUCUGAAGUAUGGAUUGUCCAUAACGCCUUCAAGGCUUGUUACAUCUUUGUUAGCACACUUGGACAAAUGACCUAUUUAUAAAGACUGCACAUGCACAUAGUGGACUUCCAGAUCAUAUUCCUUGUGUUAAUACCAGGCUGAUCAGGAUAUCACAGGAGCCAGUGGUCCGUGCCAUAAUUGACCUAUUGCGGUAGAAUCGCGUCAACGCUGGUGAAAUAUUGUCCAAUUACACGAUAUACAAAUGGACGCGGAAUGCGAAUCAUCCGAGACAAACAAAACUUAGCGUACAAAAAUUCCAUAGGGUUGUCUAAGGGGCGUGGUUAACUUGCAAACGACGAUAGGUCAGUACAGGUACCUGGGUAUAUGACUAAACAUUAGUAAGUGGGUAAAUAGUGGGCACAUAGCAGACGUAUUCUAAGCUCUGUUGUAAAUUUGUAAGAUUGUUUGUUAUCAAAUUGAAUGAUUUUGAAGGAAUUUACAUGUAAUAUCAAGGAUAAUUCAAUUGGGUGUUGCCUUUCCAAGUAAUUUAACUGUAAAGGGAUCUGUAAUUGUUUUUAAAAGGUGUCGUAGGUCGAGUCCUACCCAAGCCACAAUCCCGGCCAAAAUGGUUGGGACACUUCCUGAGCCUGCCACGGUCACCCGCUCCCCCGGUCAAUGUUGUUCUCUCCAGCUGAUGGAGCACACACCGCGCAAUGAGAGACUAACAUUGAACGGGGGUCGGGGGAUUGGGGGCCCAGCGAGAUUUGGCCAGGAUUGCAGCUUCUGAUGUCUUCAUGCUGUUGAGUUUGGGUCAUCUCUGAGCAUGCAGAGUACACAAAACUUGCCGUGAAGGGUAAACUCCAUAUUAAAAUUGAAUCAGGUUUAAAUCCAAUAAAUGUUUUUUUAUUAAAUGUUGAAUACAUUUGCAGUUCUCAUUGCGUAAUGAAGAUUAAAGGGGUUUAAGAUAUAGAUGUAUGGAGUUUGUGAUAAGAUGAUUGACUGGCCCCAGUGCCUUGGACUGCUUUGCACACAUGUUGCAUUUAUCUCUGGCCCCAGUGCCUUGGACUGCUUUGCACACAUGUUGCAUUUAUCUCUGGCCCCAGUGCCUUGGACUGCUUUGCACACAUGUUGCAUUUAUCUCUGGCCCCAGUGCCUUGGACUGCUUUGCACACAUGUUGCUUACAUGAUGUUUUGUCCAGUUUGAUUGGGACAUCCAGUACAUUCCCAUAUGCCGUUGUGACAAGUAAUUGCUUGCAUGGAUACAGUGCAGUGCAGUGCCGUGCAAUCCUGAGGCAUGCUCUGGUAUAAUUGUAACAUUUGCAAAGUUUCAGAAUUGAAUAACAUGCCGUUUUUAUAUUCUGCCAUUUCAAUAACCUUAUGUUUAAACUGUGUGAAAUGAUGACAUUUUAAAUGUAGUUGCUUGUAAGAUAUUUAUUUUUCUGAAUGCUUUAUAAGUCUAUUGAUGGGUACUUUUUAAUCAUUUGAGAGAAUGUAUUUACCUAGAAGCUAAUGUGACUGUAUAUAUAGAUAUAUUGACUUGUGUUUGUUUGAUACCUUGAUUGAUUUGCCGUCCAAUUUUCAUAUCUAUCACCUUGAAUACAGAGUUCGAGUUAUUUAUAUUUUGUUACAGCUGUGCAUUUUUAAUAAAGUUUGUUGAACUUUA